GGGUGGUACUUCCACCAAGCCAUAUUCGAAGGAGGAGGAGGAGAAGAUGGCCGUCAUUCUGAGGGAAAGACAGGAGAAGAAAGAGGCCAAGAAGAAAGCCUUGAAGGAGGAGCAGGUGGCCAAAUUAAAGAAGAUAGAAGAAGAGAUGGCUAGGGAGAAGGAGAGGAUACAGAAAGAGGAGGAAGCAAAGUUGAAGGAGGUGGAAAAAGAAGAGGAGGAAGAUGAUCAGCCACUGGAGAGGAGAAGAGAACAGCGAGGGCAGUACAGUGGCAGCAAAGAUGAUGAAAUGGAGAAGCGGAUCUCAAAGUGGGUCGCCAACUUGUCCCUGGGAGAAGAAGAAGAGGUAGCCAUGUAUAUCCCCAAGGACGAGCAGGAAGCCUCUAUGAAGGAGUGGGAAGCCGAAAGGGAUGUUGUAAGGCGGCAUGCAAUGGAGGAUGAAAAAAGGAUGGAGUGGAAGUUGAGAGUGAUGAGGGAAAAGAAGAGGAAAGUGGACGCGGCGAUUGACGCGGUCAAGGACCUAGGGGAGAUGCAGCAACUAACCCUGAAGUUGACCCCGCAGACCUUGAGAAAAAGGUAGAAUUCAUUGCCCAGACUGUCGAGCGCUUAGCCCGGAUACAAG